CGCACAAUGGAGGCUAGUACAGCACGGACACACUCCUGAAAGACUUAUCUGUACGUUACACACCGUGCAACUUUAUCCAACGCGAACAGUGGAAAAUCACAAGUACUUUGGAUAGUCUUGCAUCUUUUUUUCUUUUUCCACUUUUUUCUGCCUGUAAACGAGAUUGGAUUCGGACAUUGAGCUGCAUCACAUAAGAGGACAUCAUGCCUCCCACCACCCCUUAUGCUGGAAAGUUCAGCUCUUGCGGCCUUUACAACAACAACAACCAUCCUCAGCCUCACAGCCCGUACCGCAACGGCAGCACAAAGUCAGUGAAGGAAAACUUGUACAACGGUGCCUACUCUGCCACAGAAAACCCCUAUGACAUACCGCAGCCUCGCAGCGCGUACCGCAGCUCCUCUGUGGGUUCCGCGAGUGUGAAGGAGCAUCAUUACAACAACAGCUGUGCGGUUUCAGAGAACCCGUACUCCUCGCCACGGCCUCACAGCCCUCGACAGCACAGCUCUUCCUGUCCGGGCCGCGCACACCGUCACACCAGCAGCAGCAGCGGCAGCGAGCAGUCCUGUCGGAGCAACGCCGCUCCAGCCAAAGGCCAGCUUUAUGGACAUGGCAUCACCGCCAGCUAUGGGGAGAUGUGUUACCAUGACAACAGUUUGGUUUCAGCAUCUCUUGAGGCGCUGAUCCAGCACCUCGUUCCCACAGUGGACUACUACCCGGAUAGGUCAUAUGUGUUCACCUUCCUGCUGAGUUCUCGCCUCUUCCUGCACCCGUACGAGCUCAUGACGAGGGUUUGUCACCUGUGCGUGGAGCAGCAGCGGUCUGGAGACGCCCUGCUAGAUAAGAUCCGUUUCCGCGAGGUGGCGCCUAAGCUGGUGCAGCUGCUGACUGAGUGGACGGAGACGUUUCCUUACGACUUCAGGGACGAGAGGAUGAUGCGCUGCCUCAAGGACAUGACGCAUCACGUGGCCCGAGGGGACGAGUACUCGUGGCGAGCCAUGCAGCAGAUGACCCAGCGGCUGAUCAAACGCCUGUCAGCUCUCGGCCAGUACGAGGAAGCGGUGGCUGCUCUGAACGCCGUGGCGAUGGAGCGUCCCGCCUCCCUGAAAAGCAAACAGGCGUCCGGGCAGCGAAGCGACGUGCUGAGCGUAUGCGACGACCCCUUCAUCCUCGCACAGCAACUCACGCACAUUGAACUGGACAGACUGAGUUUUAUCGGCCCUGAGGAGUUCAUCCAGACAUUCGCCAUGAAGGAUCCUCUGGAGAACCAUAAGGGUUUCUUCCGGAAGCGUAAAACCAGCAACCUGGAGGCCUACGUAAACUGGUUCAACAGACUGAGCUACCUGGUGGCCACUGAGAUCUGUAUGCCAGUGAAGAAGAAACACAGAGCGCGCAUCAUAGAGUUCUUCAUCGACGUGGCUCAGGAGUGUUUUAACAUCGGCAACUUCAACUCCCUCAUGGCCAUCAUCACUGGGAUGAACAUGAGUCCUGUUUCCAGACUGAAGAAGACCUGGAGUAAAGUCAACACUGACAAAUUUGAAAUCUUGGAGCACCAAAUGGACCCAUCCAGUAACUUCAGCAACUACCGCACUGCACUCCGAGGUGCCACCCAGAGGUCUGAGACUGCACACAGCAUCCAAGAGAAGAUUGUGAUUCCUUUCUUCAGUCUCCUCAUCAAAGACAUCUACUUCCUGAAUGAAGGUUGCGCCAGCAGGUUACCCAAUGGACACAUUAACUUUGAGAAACUGUGGGAGCUGGCGAAGCAGGUGAGCGAGUUCCUGGUUUGGCGUCAGGUUGCUUGCCCGUUCAACAGAGACCGCCGGAUCCUCCAGUACCUUGUCACUACACCUGUGUUCACCGAAGAUGAGCUGCAUCUGGCCUCAUAUGAGAGUGAAGGACCUGAGAACAACAUGGAGAAAGACAGUCGUAGAUCUCUUAGAUCCUCCCUCCUGCAUCGAGAGAAUCGGUCGUAGGAGAAAGACAAUCUCCUCUGCUCAACAGAGUGUAAAUGAACGAGGUGUUUUAAAGCUACCGAUUCCUCCAUAUUUCAUGGAAACACUUCAACAUUCCCGUGGCCAAAUCUUAGGUCUUGGACUUGGACAACAAAGGCAGCUGGGAUCACAUUUUCACAGAUUAACGGUGGAAUAUAUAACACUACAACAAUCCUUAAUGAAAUUCAUCCAGUGCCAAAGGACCCCAGUUGCUGCAUUUAUUACUUUAGCCCUCUGCCCUGCAAGUCUUCAUGAACUGAAAUCAUUUUUUAAGCAAAUGAAGAGCUGGAUGAAGCUGGACCACUGCUCGGAUCAUCUGCCGUGCUUUCUUCUUCGACAUCAGCUCUGUCUGAGGCACGUAAAGGAUAUCAGACACCUGCAGAAGUUGUAAAAAGUGUGUGGUUUAUUUCUUCAGUGGACCUCCAUCAUGGCAAUAACUGGUGCAAUUUGUGAUCACUUGUACUAACACUCCAGCAUAUAACAGCCUCAUAUUGUGGAUAGACUGAAUCUGUGGAAGCAUGAAGCAUUUAUUGCAACAUUAGCACAGCAUUGGCACAGUCAAAACUACAGCGAGAGCAGAGAUCCACUCUGAAAGGAAGAGUUGGUUAACAUCGAUAUGUAUUAUAUACAACGGGCUAACAUCUGCUUUUAAGAGUGGUGAUGCUGCUUUGUUGUCCUGUUGAGUGCUUCAAAACCUGCACUGCAUCUACUCCAUCUACGCUAAGUACCGCAUUCAAACCCUUUAUGUCAUUUAAACACACAAUGCAAGUAAAUACAUCAGCCACUUAUUUCCAAAGUACAUUUUGGAGACACCACUUUCAUCGACCGCACACUAUUUUGUUCUGAACAUGAACUCUUGUGACGCGUGCACUUUGACGUGUGUUUUGUUGAUAGUGGCAGCGACGUCGUGCUAAUCAUGCAAAGGUAAAUCAAAUGCACUUCAAGUACAUCAGUGGAGUUUUGUGUAUUGUAUUAUAGGAAUACGUGACUCCUAUUUUAAGGCGUCUUUCUACAGUAUUAAGUUGUAUUUUGUAUCAGAAAAUGUGUUUUUCUUUAUGUACUCUUUAUGAAGUUUCACCAUUAGCUUCUUGCUGGUUGGUCAAAUGUAAGCUAUUUUGUUAUAUACAACACCAGUUCAUCUAUGACAAAGAAGUGUGUGUGUUUGUGUGUGUGUGUGUGUGUGUGUGUGUGUGUGUGUGUUUAUGUGCAGCUUUAAUACAAAUAGGAAACUCAUUCUCUUCAUCUCAUCUGUGAUGGUGUGAGCAUGAUUUGAUCCUUUAAAAUCUGCCUAUGAAUGAACAUGAUCCUGCAUUUUUGUGUGUUUUUUUAAAAAGCUCCUUUUAUGUUUCAAAUGUUUUAUAAAGUGUUUUUUUUUUUCAUGUAUGCUUUUUUAAUUCUUUUUUGUGUAUCAUUUGUGUCACCGGUCAGGGUACUUGUACUGAAGGUCUUUGUGAAAAGAGAAUUAUAUUUUUUCUUUCAAAUAAACCGAAAAUCUGAAUGGA